GAGCCAGGAGCGUCUCCUGAGGGUGGCGAGGAGGGAGCUGAGGCGCGCGGGCUCUCAGUCGACGCCUCGCAGAAACCAGGAGGCCUGGCCUGGGGGGCAGCUGCUUGAAGGAGGCAGAGCGGAAGCGAGGGAGGCCGCUGGAGGCCCUGCCGCCCGCCCGCCCUUUCCUCCCGCUGAGGAGAAAGCCGGCAUAUCUGCAGUGCAGCAGGCCGCGGGCGUUGGAAGCGUUGCUUUUCCGGUUUGCCUGAUUGCUGAGACGCUCAGUCAGAAAGUAUGAAUGAUUCUAGGCAGCAGUCUCUGUUCUUCAUCACACUUCCAGAUUUAAACAAACUCUGUGCUGUCAGAAUAAUACUGAGUAAUAAGGUGGCAGAUACUGAGAUAAGGACUAUACAAAUGAAGAUGUGCAGGCAAUUGCUGUUUUUGCAUCAAGAUAUUCUUGCAUCACCUGUGUCUGGAAUAUUAAACCAAAUUUGGGUGGUGAUGGCGAUACCAUUUUAUAAAGCAAGAAAACUUAAUGCCUGUGUUGAAAAAUAUGGAGCUAAGAUGGAGGCUCCACAAAGAGUAAUUCCUGUAAUUCUUCAGAACUGCCUUUCAUAUUCAUUCACGGCUAGACUUGCUCCAGCCUGGAAUAGAACUGGCCAUCUCUUGAUACAAGGAAGAGAUUUUCUUUCUCAGAUGGGAAAACAAAGUGCUGUUGUAUUAAACAUCAAUGUAACAGAAACUCAAGUUUGUCUAAGUAUAGAAGCUUGCACAAUCAGACUGCCACCAUCUGAGCUAAAAGAGUUUGAGAUUUCCCCGAGUCUUAUAAAGGAUUUUCAUACUAACAAGCAUGCGGUCAUUGAGAGACAUUCCAUUUUAAGCAACUGGUGCUACGUUUUGCCAAGUAUGAAAAUGGGACAAAUUAUAAAUAUUCUUCAUGCCAUCCCGCCUGACUGUCCUUUUCGCUCAUAUGGAGAUUUCCAGAGACACUGGGAUGCCCUGUAUGGCUAUAAACUUCCAGAAGAUUGUGGAAAAAUUAAAAUAUACUGCAACAUCUAUUUCAAGAUGCUCGGAGAAAGGACCUUCACAUAUCCUCUCAGUUGCAUCAGAAGUCAGCCCAUACAGUUCUUUCCAAGGGUAGAUUCAGAAGUUGUGUUGAAAAGUUUUCUUUCAGAUUUAAAAUCUAAACUGCCUCAUAUAUGUGGAUUUCCCAUAAAGAUAACAAGUAAACCGUGCUACUACACACAAGAACUAACUAAACCUAACAUACAGGAACACAAAGUCAAGCCACCCAAUUUGACCACUAAAAAAAUGUUCAGGGCAUCUCUGACUCAAGCCACUUCCAUGAAACCUGCCUGUGCUCAAAGUCUUCUACCAUGUUCAGUAGCAGUGGACCACAAGGUGGAGCUUUCAGUCAGCCAGCCAACAGCAGGCAUUUUCUCAGCUUUGCAUCUCCAGCCAGAGUCUGUUCAGAGUAGAAAGAAAUCCCUGUCUAUCAGGGCUCCACAAGUACGUUCGGAAGUAUUAAUGCCCAACAGAGGAAAUGCUCAAGUUCAACACACAGAUCUUAGCUCCCAAAGCAACAUCACCCCUAAGUUUGUACCAGUUUUCAAAAAUACCUUAGUACUUGGCAGCCCGAAAAGAAAACAGCAUGUUGUGACACAAUCUAAAUUGUUUUCACUCAAAACUAGUAUGAUCCAGCAUGACAAACUGAAUUUAGGUCCAGCUAUAAAAAACAGAUAUAAUAGUAACAUUCAGAUGCAGGUUGCUAACAAUUUAAAUCAGGAGAAUUCCAGACCUCUGCAAGAAAAAAAUACAGAGUCUUCUGAAAAUAUGAGAAAAUUUUCCUCUUCUAAUGGAAAAUCAACUGUGAGUUUAAACAAAAAUAAGCAACUAUCUAACAGGGCAGUAUUGCUGAGGUCAAAUAACAAUUUAGGGGUAGUAAAAAGUGCUGUUGACGUCCAAAUGAAAGGAAAAGAAAAUUUAACAGGCAAAUGUAUAACACAAAUUUUAGGGAAAAGCCAUGGGUCACUAAAACUGAAAAGACAGCCACACAUUUUUGAAUCAGAUGGAGAAACAGAAGAUCCCCGACUGCUACAGCAGCAAUCAGAAAAUCAAGCUAAAGAAGUUGGUACAAGUGACCACAGGUUGAUAGUAAGCAAAAUAGCCCACAAGUCUAAAAGAAAAUUAUGUCCAGAGGCUUCCAAAACUUCAAAGAAGCAUCAUUCCAAUACUGCGCACUAUGGCCAAUCCAGUUCUUCUAGGAAGCAGAUACUUGAUUCAGAUAAAUCAAAACCUAAGAAAUCUCUCAUCAUUCCUAAUGCUUAGAACAUGGACCUGAAAGAAGGAAAUGUCUACCAGAGAUGACCAUUCUGAAUAUAGAAUGAACACUCUUCCGGAUGUCUCUCACACUCCUGUGACCAUGAAAUCAGCUCUACAGACUGCUGUGGAACCUCC